UGUGUUUUCUAUGGGAUGUACGAGAAGAUCCUGCUGUUUCGUCAUGACCAGACCUCUGAGAACGUGCUGCAGCUGCUCCGCUCCGCCUCUCAGAUCCAGGAGGGAGACCUGGUGGAGGCCGUGCUGUCAGCUUCAGCCACGGUGGAGGACUUCCAGAUCCGUCCUCACUGCCUGUUCGUUCACUCGUACCGAGCUCCAACCUUCUGUGAUCACUGUGGAGAGAUGCUGUGGGGACUCGUCCGACAGGGACUCAAGUGUGAAGGCUGCGGACUGAACUAUCACAAGCGUUGUGCCUUUAAAAUCCCAAAUAACUGCAGUGGAGUGAGGAGAAGGCGUCGCUCCUCCAAUGUGUCCCUGACAGGAGGGCUUAUAAACCUCGGACGUCCUCCUUCUGCUGAGCCCUCACCCCCCCAUUACACCGAUGAGGCGUUACUGUCUCCAGUCAGUCCCAGCAUGGAGCAGAAAGCCCAGUUAGAUUACUUCCCAGGGAGAGAGCGCCGUGCCAGCUCUCAGUCGUACGUCGGACGUCCCAUCGAACUAGACAAGAUCUUACUGUCCAAAGUUAAAGUUCCUCACACUUUCCUGAUCCACUCGUACACCCGACCCACGAUCUGCCAGCACUGCAAGAAGCUGCUGAAAGGACUCUUCAGACAAGGCCUGCAGUGUAAAGAUUGUAAAUUCAACUGUCAUAAACGAUGUUCUCCAAAAGUGCCGAACAACUGCCUGGGAGAGGUUUCAAGAAAUGGAGAUCUCUUGAGCCCGGGGGCGGAGUCAGACAUCGUGAUGGUGGAGGGAGGCCUCGAUGAUCACGAUGACGAAAGAGGAGGCGGUUUGAUGGACGAUAUUGAUGAUGCAAUGACAUCAGAGGGGGGGGGGCUUCUGGAGGCGGGGCCUAACGACCUCUGUGACCCCCACGACCCCGACCUCGACGAAUCAAACAGAGCCAUCAGCCCGUCCACCAGUAACAACAUCCCUCUGAUGAGAGUGGUUCAGUCCGUCAAACACACAAAGAGGAAGACGAGCAAUGUGAUGAAGGAGGGAUGGAUGGUCCAUUACACCAGCAAGGACACUCUGAGGAAAAGACAUUACUGGCGUCUCGACAGCAAAUGCAUCACGCUGUUCCAGAACGACACAGGAAGUAAAUACUACAAGGAGAUCCCUCUCUCUGAGAUCUUAACUCUGGAGCCGGCUCAGGCCUUCUCUCUCCUCCCUGACGGAUCCAAUAUGCACUGCUUUGAGAUCACCACGGCAUCUCUGGUUUACUACGUCGGAGAAAACCUGCAGAGAGUCGAAUCCUCUGUGGGCGGCAGCAGCAUUAAGGUCAGCGGGCUGGGGCAGGAUGUGGCUCGGAUGUGGGAGAUGGCCAUCCAGCAUGCUUUGAUGCCUGCUGUUUCUACGGGAAUUUCCCACAACUCUCACCGCAGCGGACACAAGGAAAUCUCCAUCAGUAUUUCUGUCUCUAACUGCCAGAUCCAGGAGAAUGUGGAUAUCAACUCUGUGUACCAGAUCUUCCCUGAUGAGGUUCUUGGCUCAGGACAGUUUGGCAUCGUCUAUGGAGGUAAACACAGGAAGUCCGGUCGAGACGUCGCCAUCAAGAUUAUCGACAAACUCCGUUUCCCCACGAAACAGGAGAGCCAGCUGAGGAACGAGGUGGCCAUCCUGCAGAGUUUGCACCACCCCGGCGUGGUGAACCUGGACUGCAUGUUUGAGACUCCGGAGAGAGUGUUUGUCGUCAUGGAGAAGCUCCACGGAGACAUGCUGGAGAUGAUCCUGUCCAGUGAGAAGGGACGGCUGCCGGAGAGGAUCACCAAGUUCAUGGUCACUCAGAUCCUGGUGGCUUUGCGUCAUCUUCACUUCAAAAACAUCGUCCACUGUGAUCUGAAACCUGAGAACGUCCUUCUGGCUUCUGCAGACGCAUUUCCACAGGUAAAGCUGUGUGAUUUUGGCUUUGCGAGGAUUAUCGGUGAGAAGUCGUUCAGGCGUUCGGUGGUCGGCACGCCGGCGUACCUCGCCCCGGAGGUCCUGAGGAACAAAGGGUACAACCGCUCUCUGGACAUGUGGUCGGUCGGAGUCAUCAUCUACGUCAGUCUCAGUGGAACGUUCCCUUUCAACGAAGAUGAAGAUAUCAACGAUCAGAUCCAGAACGCUGCCUUCAUGUACCCUCCUCACCCGUGGAAUAAAGUCUCCCAGGAAGCGAUCGACCUGAUUAACAACCUUCUGCAGGUGAAGAUGAGGAAGAGGUACAGUGUGGACAAGACCCUCAGUCACCCCUGGUUACAGGACUACCAGAUGUGGCUGGACGUGAGGAGUCUGGAGUCGCGGAUGAACGAGCGCUACGUGACCCACGAGAGUGACGACCUGCGCUGGCACCACCACGCCCAGCUGAGUGGCCUGGACUACCCCCCCCACCUGCUGAACGGGCCCCGCAGCGAGGGCGCUCAGAAGCUGGAGCGGUACCAGGACCACCAGGAGGAAGAGCUGGAGACCCUGAGCGAGAGGGUCAGUGAACUCUGA